AUGACACAACUCAAAUCCAACGGCGCAUUAGCCUACAGCCACAGCCAUCGCAAAUUCUUUGAGGAUGGGGGCAUCUGGAAGGAAGCGCCGCUGCUCACAGGUAGCACCAAGUAUGAGCCUCUUGAUGAUGUCAAGAACAUCAUGAUCACCGGCGGCGCUGGGUUCAUCGCUUGUUGGUUUGUGCGACACUUGACACUGACCUACCCUGACGCCUACAACAUCAUCUCCUUUGACAAGCUCGAUUACUGCUCGUCGCUCAACAAUACGAGGGCCCUGAAUGAAAGGAGCAACUUCACCUUCGUCCAGGGCGACGUGACAAAUCCGAACGAGGUCCUCAACUGCCUGAAGCGGUACAAUAUUGACACCGUUUUCCACUUCGCCGCACAAUCCCAUGUCGAUCUCAGCUUUGGCAACUCCUAUGGGUUCACGCACACGAAUGUCUACGGCACCCAUGUAUUGCUCGAAAGCGCCAAAAGUGUUGGUAUCCACAAGUUUAUUCACGUCUCUACCGACGAGGUGUACGGAGAAGUCAAGGACGAUGACGACGAUUUGCUCGAGUCGAGCAUCUUGGCCCCGACGAACCCAUAUGCUGCAAGCAAAGCCGCUGCCGAGAUGCUGGUACAGUCGUAUCAGAAGAGUUUCAAGUUGCCAGUCAUUAUUGUUCGCAGUAACAACGUUUAUGGCCCACACCAAUUCCCAGAGAAAAUUAUCCCCAAAUUCACGUGUCUUCUGAACCGUGGCCAGCCGGUUGUCCUCCACGGAGAUGGAACCCCGACGCGCCGGUACCUGUUUGCUGGCGAUGCCGCCGACGCUUUCGACACGAUUCUGCACAAAGGCCACAUGGGCCAGAUCUAUAAUGUUGGAUCCUACGAUGAGAUCUCCAAUCUCGACUUGUGCAGUAAGCUGCUACGUGAGAUGGACAUUUCACAAGGGGGACCGGAAGACUUUAAGAAGUGGGUCAAGUACACGCAUGAUAGACCGUUCAACGACCACAGAUAUGCCGUGGACGGCACCAAGUUGCGCCAACUUGGGUGGGAACAGAAAACAAGUUUCGAAGAAGGAUUGAAGAUCACCGUCGACUGGUACCGGCGAUUCGGAGAGGAAUGGUGGGGCGACAUCAGCCAGAUUCUGACCCCUUUCCCCAUCGUUGCCGGGCUUGAGGUGGUACCGGAUAAAGGGGUAGUCACCGACGUGCCGCAGCAGGCUCGAGAGGAAGGGAGCAAGAAAAGAAAGGUCGACGGCUGA